CUGGGUUGAGUCCCAGGUCUGUUCUCCACUCCAGCUUCCGGCUAAUGUGCACCCUAGGGGGCCACGGCAAUGGCUGAAGGCCCUGGGUCCCUGCUAUCCACAUGGGAGACCCAGAGGGGAUUCUGGGCUCCUGAAUUGAGCCUGGUCCAACUCUGGCUGUUGUGGACAUUUGGGGAAUGAAUUGGUUGAUGGGCAGAUUCAUUCUCUCUCUCCCUCCCUCCCUCCCUCUCUUCUUCUCUCCCUCUCUCCCUCUCCUUCCCUUCCCCCCCUCUCUCUUCCAACUAGAUAAAAUAAACAAAUACUUUUCAAAAACUGGGACCAAGAAAGCCAGAAAAGAAUGAGCCAGGGAGAAGAAGUGACCUUAGACCCCGUGGCGGCUCCCUGAGAGCCCGGCGUCCUGCCUGGGGGCAUCUGUGAGUUCCCUCACGCGGCACAGGGAGCAGAGGCUGCACUAGGAACUAAGUUGCUGUGAGCAGACCUUUUGGGGGGCAGAUGAACCUGAAUCAUCCAGGGGCCAGUCUGCUCACGGGGUCUGUGAGAGUGGACGGGAGGUGGAGAGUCGGCGUCCAUGCGAGCAGCCUGGGACCGAUGUGCUUGCCCGGGGCUGGCUUUGCAGGGAGCCCUGAGCAGCCUCCAGAAGCAAGGGGAGGCAGAAGGCAGACUCUCCCUUCACGUCUCCGGAGAGGUGCGGUCUUCCCAGCGCGUAGCUGUCAGCCCAGCGAGAGCCGCCUCCACCUUUGGCCUCCAGGAGUAUGAGGUUACCAAGUUUGUGGCAGUAGGUCACAACAGCAACAGAAAACCAACAAAGAACAAAUAGAAAGCAAAUGGCAAAAUGGCAGGUGUAAGUCCAACCAAAUCAAAUUCCAUUAAAUACGAGUUGACAGAACAUGCAAAUCAGAAAAUAGAUAUCGUCGAGCCAUAUCAAGCAAUGAAACCUCACAUGUGCUGAAUAGGCAGCACAGUUUCACUUACAGUAAAAGGGCAGGAGAAGAUAUUCCAUGCACAGAGUAACCCGAGCUGACCGGGGUAGCUCCGUCAACAUCAGGCAGAAUAGAGUAUCAGACCCCAAAAAUGUGUGUGUGUGUGUGUGUGUGCAGAGAGGGGUGUUCUGUAGUGAAAACAUAGUCUUCAGGAAUACAUUUUAUUUAUUUAUUUAUUUUUGACAGGCAGAGUUAGACAGUGAGAGAGAGACAGAGAGAAAGGUCUUCCUUCCGUUGGUUCACCCCCCAAAUGGUGGCUACAGCUGGCACGCUGCGCCGAUCCGAAGCCAGGAGCCGGGUGCUUCCUCCUGGUCUCCCAUGGGGCGCAGGGCCCAAGCACCUGGGCCAUCCUCCACUGCACUCCCGGGCCACAGCAGAGAGCUGGCCUGGAAGAGGAACAACCGGGACAGAAUCCGGCACCCCAACUGGGACUAGAACCCGGGGUGCCGGUGCGGCAGGCGGAGGAUUAGCCUAGUGAGCUGUGGCGCUGGCUGUCUUGAUGGGUUUUAAAAGAUUGAAAUUGCAAAUAGAAUCUUAGAAUUCAACAGGAAAAAAAAAACAAAAACCAGAAAAUCCCAAAAGUGAGAGGCAGUGAGAACGUGGAUCCUCGUGUCUGGCCGAUGGGGAUGUGAAUGACAGCACCACCUGGAAACCAGUUUCCGGUUCCGCCACCUCUCCCGCUCUCUGCCCGGUGGUGCUGAAGCUAUGAGAGAGGGUCCCUGUGUGAGCGAAUCGGUGUGACUGGUCCAGCAUAACUUUACCUGCAAGAACGGGCAGCGAGUAGUUAGCUCACUUCCGGGAGAAGGAAAGCAGGUCAGAAGACCACGUGGGUGGGAUUCCUUUGUAUGAGACGCACAGAAGGUGAGCGUUACAGACGCAGGGCAGUGCCUGGUGCCGGGGGGGACGCGGGCACGCAGCACGCUGGCGCUGGGGGCCCAUCUGGGAGGUGGGACUGUCCUGCCUGUCUGGGGCCUGUCUGGGAGGUGGGAAUGUCCUGCCUGUCUGGGGCCCGUCUGGGAGGUGGGACUGUCCUGCCUGUCUGGGGCCCGUCUGGGAGGUGGGACUGUCCUGUCUGGAGCCUGUCUGGGAGGUGGGACUGUCCUGUCUGGAGCCUGUCUGGGAGGUGGGACUGUCCUGUCUGGGGCCCGUCUGGGAGGUGGGACUGUCCUGCCUGUCUGGGGCCCGUCUGGGAGGUGGGACUGUCCUGUCUGGAGCCUGUCUGGGAGGUGGGACUGUCCUGUCUGGAGCCUGUCUGGGAGGUGGGACUGUCCUGUCUGGGGCCCGUCUGGGAGGUGGGACUGUCCUGUCUGGAGCCUGUCUGGGAGGUGGGACUGUCCUGUCUGGGGCCCGUCUGGGAGGUGGGACUGUCCUGUCUGGAGCCUGUCUGGGAGGUGGGACUGUCCUGCCUGUCUGGGGCCCGUCUGGGAGGUGGGACUGUCCUGUCUGGAGCCUGUCUGGGAGGUGGGACUGUCCUGUCUGGAGCCUGUCUGGGAGGUGGGACUGUCCUGUCUGGGGCCCGUCUGGGAGGUGGGACUGUCCUGUCUGGGGCCUGUCUGGGAGGUGGGACUGUCCUGUCUGGGGCCCGUGUGGGAGGUGAGACUCUCCUGUCUGGAGCCUGUCUGGGAGGUGGGACUGUCCUGUCUGGGGCCCGUCUGGGAGGUGGGACUGUCCUGUCUGGGGCCCGUCUGGGAGGUGGGACUGUCCUGUCUGGGGCCCGUCUGGGAGGUGGGACUGUCCUGUCUGGGGCCUGUCUGGGAGGUGGGAAUGCCCUAUCGUUGCAAUGCAGCGGUGGCUGCACAACCCUGCACGUUUUCUGGGCAUCAGUGAACCAUGCGCUUACUGUGGGUGAAUUUCCCGGCGUGUCCAUGGUACCUCGGUCAUCUGCUACAAGUAACACCCGCGUGGACUUGCUCUGGUGCCUGCUGUGUCACUGGCUGCACAGUUGUAUGCUCACUUCAUUCUCCUCAUCCCUGUCACCUUGAGGGAGAAGCCUACUUUAUUAGUGACCCGAGCGUCUGGGCUAAGAGCAGGGCCGAGCGAGUUUUAUCAGCGUCGUGGAACUCGGAAGGAAGCUGAGCAGUGCCCUCACUGCACAAAGCCUGCAUCCAAGUGGCAGGGACUGGGGUUUGGGGUGGAUACGAAGGGAGAUUCCCACCUGGACGUCCUUUUCCUGCUGUGAGGAGUUCACUAACAGCCAGCCCAGAGCAGAGUGGUUGGGUGAUCUGAUGCUUAGGGGGUUGUCUGUGCCCUGUGCGGCUCACUUUGUGCUAAGAAGGGCGUGUGUGGGUGCCUGGGGUCUGCCCUCAUCACAGCAUUCUUUCCAUGUGGUCUGAGCCCCAGUUCAAGUUCAGCUCGCGUUCCGUCUCGGGAUCCCUGAGCCAGUAGAGCGCGGAGCCAUGGGCGUUCCUGGAAACACGUGUGCUCUGGAGCCAGGCAUUGCCCCGCUGCUGACGGCCUGGGUCGGGCUGACUGGGAGGUGGCCUUGUCGUGGCUGGUCUGGUGGCAGUGUCCUCGUCAGAGAGCCAUGGCUGACGAUGGGGAAUCUGACAGCUGAUCCCCCCGGGGGCCUGGGAGGCUGUCGAACCCUUGCCCUCGGCCCUGAGAGCCAGAGCCCGUGCGUGGACGCCUCCUCUAGUAGAUGUGCUGGUUACUGGUCUGUUGUUUGCCAAGGGCGCUGGACAGAGGACCCUUCAGAGAGCACGUGAACGUUGUCUGUGCCUCCUGUGGCCUCCCUCCCCCUGCCACACCGAGGUCCCCGCGUGCAGACGGCUGGCUGCCUGGUUGACACCCUCAUAGUGCAGAUAUCACAGUAAGCACCGUUGGCCGAUGUCUUAACCCGCGUGCAUCGGCGGCGGCUACUCCGAUUCCUCCCUUUGGUCUGUCCAUCCUUUUCUCCGUCAGAGGAGUGCUCCUCGGCUGUGGAUCAGCUCAGUUCCGCCAGGCCUGGGUGGCCUCUCACCCCCUCGCCGUCUCCUAAGGAUGGCUUCAGACCACCCAGCUGUCAAAGACCCGUGCUCACGGUUCGGAGUCUCUGCUGGGAUCUCGUUUCCUUUCUCUUCUCUUGAGGGUCGGUGGCGGGAAGCUGAGGGUGAGAAGGAUGAGUGGAGGUGAGGGAGCUCUCCUGAGGCAGGCUGCGACAGAGAAUGGGAGGACUGUCCAGGCUCGGACGUGUGCACGCAGGACGUGCUGCCUCACCACCGGCUCUCAUCCACAGCUGCAUCUCAGAGCGGGCUGGGGCCUGGGCACUUGGCAUCGGCAGUUGCUGGCUGUUCCGGUACAGUUUGGUUUCAGGGAACACGUUGGCUGUGUCCUUGGAAAGAGAUUUAUGACAGGGAAUUAGGGCCAUCGGAAGGAGCACAUUCAGGCUGGCUUCCAGGAAUCACUUCUAGAGUGUCACACAUUGGCCACCCAGGGGGCUCCUGUCUCUGCUGUGGGCACAGGCGACAUAGGACAGCCCUGCUUCAAGUGUCCGGGCCUCCAGGAGACCUCAGAGACCAGGAAACUGCUGCCUCUGGAUGCCACGCCGGGUGCUGUGGCCACAGCAGGCGCCCAGGUCUCCACGACCCUACCUGCAGCCGCCUCCAUCCCCCUGCUCUACCCCACUUUGCACAGUCUGGGAAAUGCGAGUGUUGGCUUUGGAGCCAGGGCACUUCACCCACAUUCACUCCUUUACCCCCCACAACAGCCUCAUGGGGUUGCAUGGGCUUUGCACCCACAAUGCCAGCAGGUGCCACACACAUUAACUGUGGACAGGAUGACAACAGUCGCAGGUUGCAAGUUCCCAGUGCCAGGUGUGUAAUAACUCUGAGUAAAUCGUAUUAUUGUCUUCUAUAAAGCAACGGUAACUCUGACUUACAGGGUCCUUGUAGAACUGAAAUGAGCUGAGCCCCUCACGUAGCUAAGCAGUGAGUGAUGGAAGCUGUCAACUGUUAACAACCCUAGCUUUCAACUCCCACAAAAGGGGUGCUUUCCUUGUAGGAUAUUCCCUAGCCAGGGGGCUCCCACCUCUGAGGAGGGAGCCAGGGCUGCUGACUUGGCUUUGAGAGGGGAGCACAGAGGCCAUUUUCAUUCCCCAGGGCUGUUCGUGCUGUCUGCCACCUGCGUGUCCCCUCCUCAGGUUAGCAAAGCUGGAGCCCUUCACAGUCUCCCCCAGGGCCUCAAGGCCAAGACGCCAGUCUACUUUUAUUUUUUAUAGAUUUAUUUAUUUGAAAGAGUUGCAGAAACAGAGAGAGAGAGAGAGAUCUUCCAUCUCUGUUUCACUCCCCAAGUAGCCAGAACAGCUAGGGCCAAACCAGGCUGAAGCCAGGAGCCAGGAGCUUCUUUCCUGUCUCCCGCACAGGUUGCGGGGACCCAAGCACUUGUGCCAUCUCCUACUGCUCUCCCAGGCCACAGCAGAGAGCUGCAUGGGAGGUGGGGCUGCCGAACUUGAACCGGCGCCCAUGUGGGAUGCCGGCAUCACGGGUGGUGACUUUACCCGCUGUGUCACAGCACCGGCCCUGCAAGUUCACUCUUGCAAAGUUAUUUUACUGGUCAAAAUGACUCCUGUUAACUAUGGUGUUAAGGUCUCUGUCCUGUAAAUUUUACUAGGUUUGAUUAAAAAAAAAAGAAUAAAGAAAAGCCAAGUCCAUCCUCAUGACAUUUAGCAAUCAGUAUUACUCGUUGCUCCAUAUUUAAGUUAGCCAAGCACUUUGACUUGGUUUGGGAGUAAAUAUUUUGUGCAGCAGUACAGUAAACUGUUGAGUGAUUUUGGGGGAAGCUAAACAGGAAAUCCCGAAAGAGUUUGUGAUUUUAUGAAAGGACUUUCUCUGGCCUGAGGAGCAGUGCAGUAAGGCAGGGUGGCAGGCAUCCGUGCACGGAGGGCUGAAGUUCCCCAGCCUUGCCCCUGCCCCUGUCUGAGCCCUCCGUGGCUACGUUGAAAGGAUCUGCAGUACCUCCGUCUGUGGGUCCAAACCCUGGGGAGGGUGGGCUGGGAGGAGCAGCAUGGCGAGUAACACAGCAGGAGCUCAGGAAGAUGCUGACUCAGAAAUGCCAAGGUUGGCUGAUGAACGGAGCAGUCUGCGCAGGUGUCGUAGCCCCGGUGAGAACGUGAACCAGACAGCCUGGAUUUCCUUCCUUACUUGUAUUGUUUCACAGAUUUAUUUAUUUAGUUGAAAGGCAAGGUUCAACUUGGAGAGGGAGAAACAGAGAGAAAGGUCUUCCAUCUACUGGUUCACUCCCCAGGUGGCUGCAACAGCCAGAGCUGAGCCGAUCUGAAGCCAAGAGCCAGGGGUUUUUUCCAAGUUGCCUCUGUGAGCACAGGGGCCCAAGCACUUGGGCCGUCUUCUGCUGCUUUCCCAGGCCAUAGCAGAGAGUUGGAUCAGAAGAGGAGCAGCUGGGACUUGAACCAGUGCCCAUAUCGGAUGCCGGUGCUGCAGGUGGAGGCUUAGCCUGCUGCCCCACAGUGCUGGCCAUGGAAUUCACAUAUUUAAAAAAUUUACUUUUAAUUAACAAGUAAUUGAAUAUGUUAUAUAUCGGUGGAGUACAAUGAAAUACUUUGUGUUUACAUUUUGCAUGAUUGAAUCAAACUAACAAAUUUAUCGUCUAACAUGCUUUUUUGUGGUGAAAACAUUUACGAUCUCUUCUUUGAGUAAUUGUGAAACACACUCUGAACUUCUGUAUGAUCCUGCUCUUUGAUCUGUGGAUGCACAAUAAAUUAUUUAUGUCAUCUGGAGCCAAAACCUGGGCUCAUCCAUGUGCAAAUGCUGAAAACAUGACUGGGGGUAUAAUCGCUCCUGUUAAAAUUCCUCCCUAGCCUUACAGUACAGAAGAAGGAGGCAGAGUGGGCCGUGUCACUGGGGCAGUGCUCUCUCUGAGCGGUGGCCGUUAGUACGUGUGGGACCCCACACGGCUGCACCUGCCAUGGGCGGGGUCAGCUCUCUGCUGAUGGUGUCCGGGGGAAGCGGAUGGCACACAAAGCUUCACGCUCUCCUGCCAGGAGGUCAUCUGUGGGUUUCGUUCGGCAACGUCCUGGACCUGCCGACCUCCGCUAGGUCCCUGGGGGAGGCCGUUUGCUACAACACACACCAGGUGCGUUUC